AACCAUGCAGUAGACAGCUCGUUGGGUCAGCCAACGCCAGCCCGUCUCUUCUGAGAAACUCUUCAUCGUCUUCAGAGUUGCAGAGAAAAGAUGUGAACAAGUCCCAUGGAGCUCAAGUGCCUUUUGAUGUGGCUCUUGUUUGGAUCCAUCAAGGGAAACAGGGCAGGAAAAUGCCCACCUCUUCCAAGAACUGAAUUUGCUGAUGUUGCUGCUCAAACUUAUCCAGUGGAUACCAAACUGUAUUAUGUAUGUGAUGACGGCUACAGGAGGAGAAGUGGGCAGUACUCGGGAAUUCGGUGUCGGAAUGUGUCGGGAACUGUUUCUUGGGUCUACAAGGAAUUUGAAUGCAUUGAUGAGAAAAUUUUGUUGUCAAAUGCUCCCACGGUAGAGUUAAAUUUUACACAGGAGACGAGAAAAACACAGAGCCCUGCACCCCCAAAGCAAGAAAACCUUUCAGGUUUUUGUGGUACACCCAAGACUAUUCCACAUGCUUCUUUAAAAAUGGACAAAGAUUAUUCCGUGGGGCAAGUAUUAUAUUUCAAAUGCCAGGCCGGUUACGAUAAGCGACCUCCUAUCUCUGGCACACGCACGUGCAAGGAGGUGAAUGGAAAAACCAUCUGGACACCCCUCAACAUGCGAUGUACCAAUGACAGCAGCAUUAGGGACCAAUGGCUGUCACCCGUUACUGAGCCAGAUCUGCCUGUUUUCCUACAGCAUCCAGUUCAGUGUAUUUCAGGUUCAGCUCUUCCAUCCUUUUCCUCUUCUGUGAUGCUGCCAGUGACAGCUAUCUUUAUUGUUCUGCUUAUCCAUUCUGCUGUCUUUGUGUAACUCGCCAAGCAGAGAUGGCAGAACAAAGCAGCCUGCUCACCGUGCUGCUGUCUGCUCUCCUUCCUCCACCCACGCCGCAGGGGGGUGUUUGCAACCCAGCCAUCCCUGCACAGGGUAAUGCCUCGGUCUAGACCACACAGGAAGCCCGUGGCAAUGCCAGAAAUAGUAAGUGAUGCCGGGAAUUUGGAGGAAAGCUGCUUCUGCACCUGAGUCUGUCCUGUGCUUGCUUGGCCACUGCAUGUACACGGCGAGGUGGCCUGGGAAGGACACUUGGCCAGAGGGGUUUCUCAGAGACAUGCAGUGUGAUGAGUGUAUUUCAAGGCUGGACUAAUUAAAAGCUAGGCUUUUUUGAUCAUUUGUUUGCUUGUUUUGUGGGAUGGGUAACACCUAGAGGCAGUGGCAGGACCUCUGGGUGAGCUGCUGGCAGAGCUGAGUGCCCCUGCAAAUGAGCCCAGCAGGCGAUGCAACCAGCAAUAGCUCUGAGAUACCUGCAUCUCCCUACAGACCCCACUAAUAACCACUUCUUCCUCUAUGUCCAAAGUCCCCCUGGCACCCAGAUCCCCCCCCACAGACAGACAGAGACAGAGCAGAGCAAGCUGUGACAUUACCUUCCCAGCUCGGGGGGUUGCAUCUUCCCAGCAGGCACACACACGGCUCAAGGAACAGCUUUGGGCUCUGUCCCUAUGCCCCGUUCACAUCCAGGAUCAGCAGAAACCAGAGGAAACCCCAUAAGAAAGCUGCCCAGAGGCUGGUCCAGGAGCUGGGGACCUUGGGGCUGGAGCAGCCCUCUGCUCAGCCCCUGGUAUCUGCUGGAAGACAGCCUCCAAGCUGAUUCAUUUACUCCUUUGGCUCCCCAUGCCUUUCAUGUGCUCACAGAGGAGGGGAGGGCAUUUCUGGGUACCGUCGGGGGAAAUGGUCCUGGAGAGGAGAGCCAGGGAGCUGGUGGAGGUGUGAGUCAGGGGGUGGCAGGGCUAUGGGGAGCCGGGGGGGAUUCCAGCAGGGCCUGGAAAGUGGGGGUGGCUGGAGCGGUGAGGAUGAGUGCGGUUUGCAGGCACGAGGAGGUGGGGUGAAACAGUCAGAGGAGGCCCAUGAGUAACCACAGAGGGGGCUGCUGGGCUCCCUCAACCUGAAAUAGCAGCGGCAGUUUCACCCCAUCGGUGGUUUCUGAUGGUUUGAAAUAUUCGGGCAGGGGACCUG